GCAGACGUGUCGUGCGGACUUGGUGUCGUGAAUAUCAAUUGUCAAUUUGGUGCACUUGCAAGCGGCAAGUUAUUAUCCAGCUAAUUUCCGGGUUCCACAAAACUACUUAAAAAGAAGACAACCAUAUUGUCGAUUAAAUAGCAAACAUGGGCAAGGAGAAGAUUCAUAUUAACAUUGUCGUGAUUGGCCAUGUCGAUUCCGGCAAAUCAACGACCACCGGUCACUUGAUUUACAAAUGCGGCGGCAUCGACAAGCGUACCAUCGAGAAGUUCGAGAAGGAGGCCCAGGAGAUGGGCAAGGGUUCGUUCAAGUACGCCUGGGUGCUGGACAAACUGAAGGCCGAACGUGAGCGUGGCAUCACCAUCGAUAUUGCGCUGUGGAAAUUCGAGACGGCCAAGUACUAUGUGACCAUUAUUGAUGCCCCCGGCCAUCGUGAUUUCAUCAAGAACAUGAUUACCGGCACCUCGCAAGCCGAUUGUGCGGUGCUGAUUGUGGCCGCCGGUACCGGUGAAUUUGAGGCCGGCAUCUCGAAGAAUGGCCAGACCCGUGAGCAUGCGCUCUUGGCGUUUACGCUGGGCGUCAAGCAACUGAUUGUGGGCGUCAACAAGAUGGAUUCCACGGAGCCGCCAUACAGCGAGGCGCGUUAUGAGGAAAUCAAGAAAGAGGUCUCCUCGUACAUCAAGAAGAUCGGCUAUAAUCCAGCCUCGGUGGCAUUUGUGCCCAUUUCGGGUUGGCAUGGCGAUAACAUGCUCGAGGCAUCGGAGAAGAUGCCCUGGUUCAAGGGCUGGACCGUCGAACGCAAGGAGGGCAAAACUGAGGGCAAGUGCUUGAUUGACGCGCUGGACGCGAUUAUGCCUCCCCAGCGGCCCACCGACAAACCGUUGCGUCUGCCGCUGCAGGAUGUCUACAAAAUUGGUGGCAUCGGCACCGUACCCGUCGGUCGUGUGGAGACCGGCAUUCUCAAGCCAGGCAUGGUCGUGAACUUUGCGCCCGUUAACUUGGUCACUGAAGUCAAGUCCGUGGAGAUGCACCACGAGGCGUUGACCGAGGCUUUGCCCGGCGACAACGUUGGCUUCAACGUGAAGAACGUUUCGGUUAAGGAGCUGCGUCGUGGCUAUGUGGCUGGUGAUUCCAAGAACAAUCCACCACGAGGCGCUGCUGAUUUUACUGCUCAGGUCAUUGUUUUGAACCAUCCUGGGCAGAUUGCCAAUGGUUACACUCCGGUUCUCGAUUGCCACACCGCUCAUAUUGCGUGCAAGUUUGCCGAGAUCAAGGAGAAGUGCGAUCGCCGUACUGGCAAGACCACGGAGACCGAACCGAAGGCCAUCAAGUCGGGCGAUGCGGCCAUCAUAAUGCUGGUGCCAACCAAGCCGCUGUGCGUUGAAAGCUUCCAAGAAUUUCCGCCACUCGGACGAUUUGCGGUGCGUGACAUGCGUCAAACGGUUGCCGUCGGUGUCAUCAAGUCGGUGAACUUUAAAGAAACGACCUCGGGCAAAGUAACAAAAGCCGCUGAGAAGGCACAGAAGAAGAAAUAACUAGAGUGUCAGCAGAACUGUAACAACAACUCAAACAACAACAACAAUAACAACAACACUCAAACACUCGAAGAACAACAACAAGAAGAAACGGCAACAGCAACCGCAAGAGCAACACAACAACAACAUCAGCAACAGGCAGAAUAUUUUAAAUUUAUAUUAUCCAUUACUCAUCGAGAAGGAUCAAAACCGUAUAAGGGGCUAAACUCAGAGUCCGUGGCAAUGGCAAUGGCAAAAAACCAACAACCAAUAACAGCAAAUACUACAACAUAUACUAUUAUUAACUGCUGCAUUCAAAUAUUAUAUAAACUUGAGGAAAUAUUGCAAUUUAUUAUAAUCACACAUACAAUUAGCGAACAUAGUAUACAACAACAACAACAACAACAAUAUGUGUGUGCACCCAAAUGGGACACAAGCAUCCUUUUACCAGCUGGACGUGGUGAGAACGAGGUGCCCUUGGGUCACUCCGGUCACCUGGAAUCAUUCCCGUAUGCGUCGUCGUACUCGAAAUCGGUAGCCAUCAUACUCAUCAUUAUCAUCUACUGUAACUAUCUAAACUUGUAUCGUCAUCGCAAAUCCUUUCGCAGGAAACACUCUGGUAUUCACUCAGCACCAGAGCAAUAUCAAUUUGCCACUGGAAUUUGCUGCUAGCCCAGUAUCCAGAAUCCAGUAUCCAGCAUACUCUCAAUACCCAAAAUCUUUCCUAACCCGCCCUCAUUAUAAUAUCGCUAACAUUGUUUUGAACAACAAGCCAUCCACACAUAAUUUCAAUCAAUGGAUUUUAAACACUUUUUAUACUUUUGAUAAGUCAGUCGGAGGCAUUCGAUUUAAAAUCUAUUAUUACCUAAAAAAAAAAAAAAAAAGAUAA